CUUCACCUGCCUGAUUUAAUGCACUUUACAGUGCAUAAAGCAAGUUAGCCAAACUCUAUGGUAUAUAUAUGCUUUUGUUUUUGUUUUUGUUUUUGUCAACAAAAACUGGAAUCAGCAGAGAUUGUCCAAAAAUGAGAAUAUAGAGAAGAAGCCCACUAAAGCUAUAGUUUGGCAUCUAAGCAACUGGGUAGAUUUACAAAGAAAUUCACUCCCAUUUUUCCUAUAAAUUACAGGAAAGCAACCUCCAUUUUUAUGGCCAGUUAUACAAAGAAGCAGUUUGAAUCAAACUAAGAUUACUGUGAGGUGACUACAUUUGAUUGAAAUAUCCAAAGUAGGGUCCAGAGUAGACAUAGAAGAAAUGAAAUGUGUUUAUAUUGUCUCAGAAAUCACCCAGAGUUCUCUGGAUGGCUAUAGGGAAACUCAUCCAGUCCACACUGUAUUUGCUAUACUGAAGCACAGAUGAAACUGUCUACUUCCUAAAGGGCAAAUGCAACAUAGUGUUUUUAUAAUGAGCCAGUACCUUUGUGAAGGAAAGUCAACAUGCAUUUGGGAAACAAUGGGUCAGUCUUUAGAAUAUUUCUAAUGAUCACAGAAUUUUUAGGCUUUACACUAUUGUUUCAGCAUCACAGAAACAGCAAUGAACAAGCAGCUUCUGGGCUACAGAAAGUACUUUUUAUUUCAAGUGCCACAUAUCAACACUACACAGUUGUAUUUCUGUUUGUUUUAGACAACACUGAUUUCAGGAUGGGCUCCAUCAGUGCAGCAAAUGCAGAAUUUUGUUUCGAUGUAUUCAACGAGCUGAAAGUCCAGCACACAAAUGAGAACAUCUUGUAUUCCCCCCUGAGCAUCAUUGCAGCCUUGGCCAUGGUCUAUAUGGGAGCAAGAGGCAACACUGAGUAUCAGAUGGAGAAAGCUCUUCACUUUGACAGCAUUGCAGGACUUGGAGGAAGCAGCCAGACAAAGUGUGGCAAAUCUGUGAACAUGCACAUACUGUUUAAAGAACUCCUCUCUGAUAUUACUACAUCAAAAGCCAAUUAUUCACUCCGCAUUGCCAAUAGACUGUAUGCAGAAAAGUCACGUCCUGUCCUACCGAUUUACCUAAAAUGUGUGAAGAAACUGUACAGAACAGGUCUGGAAACAGUGAACUUCAAAACAGCAUCAGACCAAGCCAGACAACUCAUUAACUCCUGGGUGGAAAAGCAGACAGAAGGACAGAUGAAAGAUUUGCUUGUAUCAAGCUCUGUUGACCUUGAUACAACGCUGGUCCUUGUUAAUGCCAUUUACUUCAAAGGGGUGUGGAAGACAGCAUUUAAUGCAGAAGAUACUCGAGAAAUGCCCUUCAGCGUAACAAAGCAAGAAAGCAAACCUGUGCAAAUGAUGUGUCUGAACGAUACCUUUAAUGUGGCCACACUGCCUGCCGAGAAAAUGAAGAUCCUGGAGCUCCCAUACGCCAGCGGAGAGCUGAGUAUGUUGGUGCUGUUGCCUGAUGAGGUUUCUGGCCUGGAGCAGAUUGAGAAGACAAUUAGCUUUGAAAAACUCACAGAGUGGACCAAUCCCAAUACGAUGGAGAAGAGGAGAGUGAAAGUGUACCUCCCCCGUAUGAAGAUUGAGGAAAAAUAUAACCUCACAUCUGUGUUAAUGGCUUUGGGAAUGACUGAUCUGUUCAGCCGUUCAGCCAAUCUGACUGGCAUUUCUUCAGCAGAGAGCUUGAAAAUAUCCCAAGCUGUGCAUGGGGCCUUCAUGGAACUCAGUGAAGAGGGCACUGAGAUGGCAGGCUCCACAGGGGUGAUAGAAGACAUCAAGCAUUCCUCUGAAUUUGAAGAGCUUAGGGCUGACCACCCAUUCCUCUUCUUGAUCAAACACAACCCAACCAACACCAUUGUCUACUUUGGCAGAUACUGGUCCCCCUAAAAAGAGAAAGAGCUAGCAAUAACACAUGCCUUCCCCUCAGAAACAAAAUCCCUUUACCAUAGUGUUAUAGCAUAAUCUUAUCUCUUCCAUAGAAAAGACAUACCCACAGGAGAGGAGACAGCACAAAGAACACUUACUCCUUCCCUUCUUGUACUGAUUUCAGAAUGGCUUGAUAUGAGCAAAGACUGAGCCAACAAGAUGGUGAGAAUGAAGACACCUAUCAGCCAUGAAGGUGACAAGUGAUUUUCACCCAAGAAAUAAAUAGCAGGAAUGACCCU